CACUCUCCCGAGGUGUGUGGUAAAAAUGGUGCAGAAAUACCAGUCCCCAGUUCGAGUCUACAAAUACCCUUUUGAGCUCGUCAUGGCAGCCUACGAGAAACGCUUUCCUACAUGCCCAGAGAUCCCAGUGUUCCUGGGGAGUGAAAUCCUGCACGAAUCCAGGAGCGAGGACGGAGCCAUCCACGUCAUCGAGCGCAGCUGCAAGCUGAACGUGGACGCUCCCAGGCUGCUGAAAAAGAUUGCAGGGGUGGAGCACGUGUUCUUCAUCCAGAGGAACACGGUGAACUGGAGGGAGCGAACGCUGCGCAUCGAGGCCCACAACGAGACCUUUGCCAACAGGGUGGUGGUCAGGGAGACCUGCAGCUACUCAGUUCACCCCGAGAACGAGGACUGGACCUGCUUUGAGCAGUCAGCCUCUCUCGACAUCAAAUCCUUUUUUGGCUUUGAAAGCACCGUGGAAAAAAUUGCCAUGAAGCAGUACACCUCCAACAUCAAACGGGGCAAGGAGGUGAUCGAGCACUACCUGAAGGAGCUGAUCUCGCAGGGGAUCACGUUCAUCCCUCGCUGGAGCCCUCCCGCGGCGGAGGAGGAGCGAGCCCCAGCGCUGGCACGGGCCCCCGGUGCCACCCCGCAGGAAUCCGGGGCUGCUGGCACCAGCAGGGACCCUCCUGGCAGCCCCUGCCCGCCCCCGGAGCCUGCCAGCCCCGACGGUGACAAACUGGACUCUGACUACAUUGAGCGCUACCUGGGCCAGCUGACCCCGCUGCAGGAGAGCUGCCUGAUCCGCCUGCGCCAGUGGCUCCAGGAGACCCACAAGGGAAAGAUCCCCAAGGAUGAGCACAUCCUGCGGUUCCUGCGCGCCCGCGACUUCAACAUCGACAAAGCGCGGGAGAUGCUGUGCCAGUCACUGGCCUGGCGCAAGCAGUACCAGGUGGAUCUCAUCCUGCAGUCCUGGAGACCCCCAGCCCUGCUGCAGGAGUACUACACUGGGGGGUGGCACUACCAGGACAAAGAUGGGCGGCCGCUCUACAUCCUCCGCCUCGGGCAGAUGGACACCAAGGGUUUGGUGAAGGCCCUGGGAGAGGAGUCCCUGCUGCGACACGUUCUGUCCAUUAAUGAAGAGGGACAGAAGAGAUGUGAGGAAAACACCAACAUUUUCGGCCGCCCCAUCACAUCCUGGACAUGCCUGGUGGACUUGGAAGGGCUCAAUAUGAGGCACCUCUGGCGGCCUGGGGUGAAGGCCCUGCUCAGGAUCAUCGAGGUGGUGGAGGACAACUACCCUGAGACCCUGGGGAGGCUCCUGAUUGUGAGGGCACCACGGGUCUUCCCUGUGCUCUGGACCCUGGUCAGUCCCUUUAUCAAUGAGAACACAAGGCAGAAGUUCCUCAUCUACAGUGGCAAUAACUACCAGGGCUCAGGAGGGCUGGUGGACUAUGUGGACAAGGAUGUGAUCCCAGACUUCCUGGGAGGAGACUGCAUGUGCACUGUCUCAGAGGGGGGGCUGGUCCCCAAGUCCCUGUACCAGAGCGAGGACGAGCCCGAGAACUCGGAUCACAUCCGGCUGUGGACAGAAACCAUCUACCACUCUGCCAGCGUCCUCAGAGGAGCCCCACACGAGAUACUCGUGGAGAUCCUGGAGGGGGAAUCUGUCAUCACCUGGGACUUUGACAUCCUGAAGGGAGAUGUGGUGUUCAGCCUCUUCCACUCCAAACGAGCUCCUGAGCCAAGUCACAAAGAAGCCACAGCACCAAGUCCCUGUGGUGCAGGGGACAAUGUGCAGCUCAUUGACAGGAGCUGGGUGCUGGGGGUGGAUUACAGCAGGGUGGAGUCUCCCCUGAUCUGCAGGGAAGGAGAGAGCAUCCAGGGCUCCCAUGUCACUCGCUGGCCUGGCUUCUACAUCCUGCAGUGGAGGAUGCACGGGCCCCUGCCCUGCUCCAGCUCCAGCCUGCCCCGUGUGGACGAUGUCCUGGCCUCCCUGCAGGGCUCCAGCCACAAGUGCAAGCUCAUCUACUACUACGAGGUGCUGGCCUCCAAGGACUUCAGAGGAUCCAUGUCCAGCCUGGAAUCCUGCACCAGUGGCUUUUCCCAGCUGAGUGGAGUCACCACAUCUUCCAGCCAGUCCCAGAGCAGCUCCCACCUCUCCAGAUAGCAGAGCCAGGGCUGCAGCACCAGGGGCAUCCAAACCAAAGAGCUCCAGGGCUGAGCCGUGGGGCAGCCACAGCCAUUUGGACACAGAGAGGCCUCUGGGGGCUGCUUCAACCACAAAAACUGAAAUCCCAAGGGCAGGUUUAGGGGUUUGGGGUCAGCUGCCUG